UCCGAUUCAAAUUCUCAAAGAAAACUCACCGGGCUUUUCUCCUCUUGCUCCGAUUCUUAAUUUUCUCUGAAAGCGCUGAGACCAUGGUUGUGGCGCAGAAAGUGAAGGAAGCUGAAAUCACCGAGCAGGAUUCGCUUCUUCUGACGAGGAACCUGCUCCGCAUUGCUAUAUUCAAUAUUACCUACAUCAGAGGCCUAUUUCCAGAGAAGUACUUCAAUGAUAAGUCUGUUCCCGCUUUGGAGAUGAAGAUCAAAAAGCUCAUGCCGAUGGAUGCAGAGUCUCGCCGACUGAUUGAUUGGAUGGAGAAAGGUGUAUACGAUGCAUUGCAGAAGCAGUAUCUGAAAACGCUUUUGUUCUGCGUUUGUGAGACCGUAGACGGACCAAUGAUUGAGGAAUAUGCAUUUUCUUUCAGUUACUCCAAUUCUGAUAGCCAGGAGGUUUCAAUGACUCUCAAUCGCACUGGAAACAAGAAACAGGGUGGAACAUUCAAGUGCACCUCCACGACCGAGAUUACUCCAAAUCAGAUGAGGAGUUCUGCUUGUAAAAUGGUUCGGACACUGGUUCAGUUGAUGAGAACUCUGGAUAGGAUGCCUGAAGAGCGUACGAUUCUCAUGAAACUGCUCUACUAUGAUGAUGCGACUCCUGCGGAUUAUGAGCCUCCAUUCUUCAGAGGCUGCACGGAAGAAGAAGCUCAUAAUCCAUGGACCAAAAACCCUUUGAAAAUGGAGGUUGGGAAUGUGAAUAGCAAACAUCUCGUAUUGGCUCUCAAGGUAAAGAGUGUGCUCGAUCCCUGUGAGGAUGAAAAUGAAGAUAUUCAAGAUGAUGAAGUGAGCCUAGGAGCUGAUUCUGUUCUGAAGGAUGACUACUCUGAUUCUGACAGCGAGGUUAACCAUUCAGAUGGAGAUCAAUAUAUAGUUGCACCAGUCGAUAAACAUCAACAGGAAAAUAACAAUGGCACCGUUGAUGAAGAUGAUACUCAGGAUCCAGAGGAAGAUGAAAACCAACUGGCCCGAGUUAAGGACUGGAUCAACUGUCGUCACGUCGAUACUGUUGGGCUUACUGAUGUUCUCUCAAAUUUUCCGGACAUCUCCGUGGUUUUGAGCGAAGAAAUCAUGGAAAAGCUUGUUAAGGAUGGUGUUCUAUCUAAAACUGGAAGGGACAGUUAUGCCAUUAACAAGCAAAGGGACUCUAGUUACGAGUUCACAAUGGUGAAGGAAGAAAUAGAUGGGCAAGUAGUUCCUGUUGGUGGCAAAAUCCCCCAGGUCGAAGAUCACAUGUAUAUGAAGGCUUUGUAUCAUGCUCUUCCGAUGAAAUACAUAACCGUUUCGAAGCUUCAGAGCAAGCUCGAAGGAGAAGCCAACCAGGCCGCUGUUCGCAAAAUAAUCAAUAAAAUGACUAUAGAUGGUUUUGUUGAAGCCAAAGGCAACCGAAGGCUAGGCAAGCGCGUGAUCCAUUCUGAAACGACUAAGAAAAAGCUGCUAGAAGUCAACAAAGUCUUCAACACUACGGCAAUGGAAGUUGAUACUAACGAACCACAUAACAAGUCCAACCAUGUAGAGUUCCAGGCUAUAGGGAAUAACGACAAGGACAUGUCCACUUGUGGUGUCCUACACUCCAUCGGAUCAGAUCUCACCCGCAUGAGAGUGAGAUCUGACUUAAAUGAGAAUGGCCCGAUCCGGAGCGAGCAGACAAUUUCAAAGAGAAAGGAGCAUGGAAACACCCCCACAAGUAGGGUCCAGGAGCCAGUAGCUUCAAGAGAAAGUUUUGUGCCAGGGUACGAGACUGGAAGACUAAACGGAAACACAAAUUUGUGUGAUGAAGUUGAUGCGGUUAUCUGCAGUAGGCCCAGUCAAGACAAGCGAUCCAGAAAAACAAGCAUGGUGAAGGAGCCUAUUGUCCAGGAUGUGAAGCGCCAAAAAUCUCAGGCUUCCUGAGAAGUUUUGGAAAUGUGAUGCUACUAGGUUGCCUUUUUCUUUGUAUUCGUUUUCCACUUUUUUUUUUUAUUACAAAGACUUUUACGAUUUAAACUUUUUUGUAAACUCAAGUAAAAAGUGCUACGAGCAUUAUGGCGAAUGAGUAACAGGAAAUUGAACUAUGCAA